AUGGACGUCGACGGAGACAGGAUUCGGCUGGUUGGAGGACGUUUCCCGAACUUAGGUCGUGUUGAGGUUCGACCAGUCGGGUCCUACGGCUGGGGGACGGUUUGUGACGACAGCUUUGACAUUCAGGACGCCACAGUUGUCUGCAAGAUGCUGGGUUUCGACCGUGCUUUACAAUAUCACGAUGCGGCUCAUUUUGGCCAAGGAAGCGGAAAUAUCUACAUGGAUGAGCUUCGGUGUUCUGGGAACGAGACCAGUCUGUUUGCAUGCGGGUAUGACGGGUGGGGCAAUCACAGCUGCAGUCAUAGUGAGGACGUUGGUGUGACCUGUGCUUCUAAUCCUGGCAGCAGUAGAAUCCGUUUGAGUGGAGGUUACCGUGGCAGCCAAGGUCGUGUGGAGGUCAGGCCGGCAGACAGUUACCACUGGGGCACCGUCUGUGACGAUGAGUUUGACCGUGACGAUGCCACCGUUGUGUGUAGAAUGCUGGGAUAUUCCGAUGCUUCAGCCGUACGCCACAGUGCGUACUAUGGACAAGGCAUGGGACCUAUCUACAUGGAUAACCUGGAGUGCGCUGGGAACGAGACCAGCGUGUUCUACUGCCCCUAUAACGGCUGGGGGAACGAGAACUGUGGUCACAGCGAGGAUGUAGGGGUUAUGUGUGAAUGUUGGCACCCCCUGACGGCUCCCUCUGGAGGUCCUUUUACAUCACCGAACUAUCCCAGUAACUACAUCAACGAUGAGACCUGCCGUUGGCAUAUCACCGUCCCGACAGGAAGUAGGAUUCGGCUCACGUUUGACAGUUUCGACGUUGAGGAAGGUCGUGACUUUCUGGACAUCUACGACGUCGACGACAUUACGAGACCGACCAACGCUACUGGAUGUGGUGGUUUGCUGAAGUCUUCUUCUGGAGGUAUUGUGACGUCACCCAACUAUCCCAGUCACUACGGCAAUAAUGAGGUCUGUGAUUGGCUGAUCACCGUCCCAGUAGGAAGCAGGAUUCAGCUCACCUUCGACAGCUUCAACGUUCAAUACGAUCAUGACUUUCUGAACAUCUAUGAUGGAGCCAGUGCUUGUGCUUCGCCAUUACGAAGGUUAACAGGCUCACACCCCGUCAAUAUCACCAGUACAUCUAACGUGAUGUUCCUGAGGUUUACAUCUGACGAGAUCUUAACGGCUCAAGGGUUCCAGUUAUCCUACACAAUUACCACAUGUGGCGGUAACCUGACGGCUCCCUCUGGAGGUCCUGUGACGUCACCGAACUACCCAAAUAACUACGACAAUAAUGAGAUCUGCGAGUGGCUGAUCACCGUCCCAGAAGGAAACACCAUUCGUCUCACGUUCGAAAGUUUUGACGUUGGAUCCUCCCUUGAUGUUCUAACCAUCUACGACGGAGCCAGUGAUUGUGAUUUUGUUUUAGCAAGCAUAUCAAGAUGGGGGGCAUUCUACCCGAUCAUCAGCACUUCCAACGUGAUGUUCCUGAGAUUUACAUCUGACUCGCAGAACAAUGAGACGGCUCGAGGUUUCCAGUUCUCCUACACAAAUCAUACGAAAUCGAUCAAUGACAUCGUUUGUGGCGGUAACCUGACGGCUCCAUCUGGAGGUCCUUUCACAUCACCGAACUACCCCGGUCACUACGGUGACAAUGAGACUUGCGAGUGGUGGAUCACCGUCCCGGCAGGAAGCACAAUUCGUCUCACGUUCGACAGUUUUGACGUCGGCUUCAAUGAGCACCUGGAUAUCUUCGACGGACCCUGCGCAACAACGCCCGGUGCUUCUGGAUGUGGAUUUAACCCGAUUGCUCACUCCGGAGGUCUUGUGAGGUUCUAUUCCUGGAACAGCGAACAUGUGAUCUGCGAGUGGCUGAUCACCGUCCCGGCAGGAAGCACGAUUCGCCUCACGUUCGACGGUUUUAACGUUGAUUACGAAGAGGAACGGAAUGUCCUGGACGAGCAGAUGGUUCCAGUUUCCUACACAAGUCAAACGACACCGACCAAUGUCACUUACUGUGGCGGUAACCCGACUUCUCCCGCUGGAGGUCCUUUUACGUCAUCGAACUACCCCGGUAACUACGGCAACAAUGAGGUCUGUGAUUGGCUGAUCACCGUCCCGACAGGAAGCACGAUUCGUCUCACGUUCGACAGUUUCGAGGUUGAAGAUGGCUAUGACUUUCUGAACAUCUACGAUGGAGCCGAUGUUCGUGCUUCACUGUUACGAAGUUUUACAGGUUCAGAGUCAAUCAGUCCUAUCACCAGUACAUCUAACGUGAUGUUCCUGAGAUUUACGUCUGAUCACAUACUUACGUCUCAAGGAUUCCAGUUCUCCUACACAAGUCACACUGUGGAUUAUUGCCAGCCCGACCCGUGCAUCAAUGGGACCUGCAGUAGCGGUGCGGACAGCUUUACUUGCACCUGUGACGAUGGUUUUGAAGGAGAAACUUGUCAGAAUCGCGUUGUCGUGGUCUCUGCCGACCUGACGCUAGCAGGAGAAGUGUUUACUGACGACCUGAAUGACAUGAGUCACCCAAGGUUCCGGAUGCUUGCACGGGCGAUAGAAAUUGAAACCUCCCUAGCGUUUGCGGCCGUUCCAAGCUUCAGACAGGCAACAGUGACGAGAUUUCGCAUGGGCAGCGUGAUUGCUACUGUAGACAUGGAGUUCCAAGACACAGGCCAGGCUCCAGGAUCGGAUGAGGUCGUCAUGGUAGCAACUCUCCAGAAGUACAUCAGCGAUAACGGAGGACGUCUGGGUAACCUGAGUGUGAGCCAAGUGGACCCUGUGCUAUCUCCAGGUAAGUGUGAAUCAGCAAGUAAUUAG